AUGCCUCCUCCAACAUCAAAGAGAGCCAUUCUUGCAGCCACCAAUGCUAUCCAAAAGCUUUAUCCAGUGAAGCUCGCAGACAAAUCCUGGGAUAACACCGGUCUUCUCGUAGAUUCAUCACUGGAAAGUGGCGAAAACGAAACAUGCAAAAUUCUAUUGACUAUUGACUUGACGCAAAACGUUGCCAACGAAGCCAUUGCCAAAGGCGCCAAUAUGGUCGUGGCGUACCAUCCAUUCAUUUUCAGAGGUCUCAAGUCUAUCACCACUGAAGAUCCACAGCAGAGAUCCUUACUCAAAUUGAUCCAGAACCACGUUAGCGUGUACAGCCCACAUACUGCAGUGGAUAGUGCCAAGGGAGGAGUGAACGAUUUUUUGGCUGAUGGGAUUGUCAAAAAUACGAGGGUCAAAUCUCGUCUGGUCAUUCAGCCCGAUGCUGAGGAAGAAGGAUGUGGGAUGGGACGUCUUAUUGAGCUUCAGGAGCCUGCUUCGCUCGAGAAAUUGGUUGAGAACGUCAAGCUGUCUCAAUCCUUGAAACAUGUUCAGGUUGGUGUAGGUAGAAACCUUCAGAGGUCUCAUCCAGUGCUGACAAUUGCAAUCUGUGCUGGCUCUGGUGGAUCUGUCUUCAGGGGUGUCAAGGCAGAUUUGUAUUACACUGGCGAGUUAUCGCAUCAUGAGGCAUUGUAUUUCACCGAAAGCGGCUCGUCUGUGAUAGCGUGUAACCACUCAAACACGGAACGGGCAUUUUUGAAAGUGCUUGCAAAACAAAUAAAGAAACAGCUUCCUGAGGCUGAUAUUGACAUCAGCACGGAGGAUAGGGAUCCAUACGAGGUAUGGUGA